AUGUAUUCCGUCCCUUUGUUUUAUACUAUUGACUACUAAAUGAUGACUUUGAGUUUUGGUGUUUCUUCGUUUUGUUUGACCUUGGUACAAUAUUUGUUAUGCAGGUCAAGUAGCCCUCCACAUUUCAAACAGUUGAUGAAGCUUUAUAUACAUGAUCUUUUGACAUAGUUGCAGUGUCUAUAAGGUAUUGCUACACUGGAACUCACAAGAAGUGAUGAACUUUUGUAUAAUACUUUUGGGAGAUAUAUCCCGUAAGAUAAUAAAGGGUAUUGCUCUAGCGUUGGGUGGAUCAAUCGAUGAAAUGGAGGGCGAAAUAAGCGGCGACCCGCUUUGGGUCUUAAGAACAAUUUGUUACCCUCAUCCACCAUUGUUAGUUGGACAAGACAACGAUGGCAAUACAAUUGGAUGUGGAGCUCAUACUGAUUACGGAUUUCUAUCAUUACUCAACCAAGAUGAUGACGUAGUUGCCCUUGAGAACAAAUCUGGUGAUUUGAUAGCUGCAACACCAGUUAAAGGAACCUUUAUCUGUAAUAUUGGAGACAUGUUAAAGAUUUUAUCCAAUGGGAAAUAUGAAUUCACAGUUCAUAGGGUCAUUAAUAACACUAGCAAAUAUCGUGCUUGCGUGGCCUAUUUUUAUGAGCCCAACUUUGAUGCUGCAGCAGAACUGCUAGAUGUGUCUGUACGGGACACGGGUGGCAUGAAGAAGUUUGAAGGUGCAGUUUAUGGGAAACAUUUGGUCAACAAAGUGACCAACAACUUUGUGAUGUAGAUCUUGAACUAACUUUGUAUUUAGAAGACAAAAAGGUUCUUGGGUUUCUUCAAGCCUGGUUCUUUUCCUAAUAACGCCGUUUAUUUUUUAAUCGGUUUUUUAGGUACUAGUUAUUAUGUGUUAUUUGUGGCUUGAAUUAUUUCUUUGUAUUUUUAGAAAAUUCACAAUUCCUACAGGUUUAGGAAAUCCAUUGUUCUAAUAGAUUUGGGAAAUGAAAACUUAUUGUCCUUGUCAGAUUGAGGAAAACUUUCUCUUAUAGGUUUGAGACUAUUUGGAAUCUAUAUAUAGGGGUGGUAGUUAGAGAUUUUACAAAUUGUAUUGUACUUUUCUUAUCAUUCAUAGUGGAAAACUCUCUCUAUUUUUGCCCCGA